CCAAGCUGUUGGCGGGAUAGAAACAAUUAUCAGAGCCGUGUUAGUGGAAGAAGCGACGAGUUUGCUGUGCAGCUAAUAUUUCAAUAAAUUUGUCUUUUCGGUGCUAAAUCACCUCUCGGCAGACAUGACGAAGCUCUCAGAGGGUGCGAUAGAGGCUCUGUCAAAUGGCAACGUUAGCAACGACGCAGUGCUUCAGUUGGUGAACAUUCGCAAGAUUGAUGGGGGAAACGGUCCAGCUCGCUUUCGGGUGAUGAUGAGUGACGGACGGCACACUCUGUCCUCCUUCAUGCUCUCCACCCAACUGAACUACAUGGCGGAGGAGAACAAACUGGCCCCCAACUGCAUCUGUGUUCUGAAGAGGCAUGUGACCAAUGUACUGAAGGAUGGACGACGGGUGGUAAUCAUUUUGGAAGUCGAUGUCAUCAAGUCUGCUGAAGAUGUUGCUGGGAAAAUAGGUGACCCGACCCCUUACACUGAGGGUCAGGCUAAAGGCCCGCAGUCCGCUCCAACCCAUGAAAGCCGCGCUCCACUGCAGCCACAAAACAGAAACGAAAUGAACAGAGGUUUCAGUAGAGACUUUGGGAAGAAGGCCCCAUCUGCUGUGCCCAGUACUCCAGGGGGCAGCUCCAAAGUUGUGCCCAUUGCCAGCCUCAACCCAUACCAGUCCAAGUGGACCAUCCGCGCUCGUGUAACCAACAAGAGCACCAUCCGCACAUGGAGUAACUCUCGUGGUGAUGGCAAACUCUUCUCCAUGGAGAUUGUGGAUGAGAGCGGAGAGAUACGAGUGACUGGUUUCAACCAAGAGGUGGACAAGUUCUACAGCCUGAUUGAGACUGGCAAGGUCUACUACAUCUCCAAGGGCUCCCUGAAGAUUGCCAACAAACAGUACACAUCGGUGAAGAAUGACUACGAGAUGACACUCAAUGGAGAGUCCACAGUCAUCCCCUGCGAUGACAGCUGCGAUGUUCCCAUGGUGCAGUGUGACUUUGUUUCCAUUGGAGACCUGGAGAACAGAGAGAAAGAUGCCAUUGUUGAUGUGAUCGGAGUGUGCAAGAGUGUGGAGGAGGUAACCCGCCUCACAACAAAGACCAACAGGGAAGUGUCCAAGAGGACACUCAGUCUGUUGGACAUGUCCGGGAAGUUGGUGACUGUCACACUGUGGGGAGAGGACGCAGAAAAGUUUGAUGGCUCUGGUCAGCCCAUUGUAGCCAUUAAGGGGGCAAAACUUUCAGACUUUGGAGGCCGGUCCCUCUCUGCAUCCUUCAGCAGCACCCUGAUGAUCAACCCAGACAUCCCAGAGGCGUACAAGCUCAGAGGCUGGUAUGACAAGGAGGGCCAUGCCAUGGAUGGGCUGUCUCUGACGGAGUUGAAAGGUGGCAGCGGGGGAGGAAACACCAACUGGAAGUCUCUGUCUGACGUUAAGACCGAGCACCUGGGACAUGGAGACAAGGCCGACUACUUCACCUGCAUUGCUACCAUAGUGUACCUGCGCAAGGAAAACUGCCUUUACCAGGCCUGCCCGAGCCAAGACUGCAACAAAAAAGUGGUAGACCAACAGAAUGGCAUGUUCCGCUGUGAAAAGUGUGACAAAGAGUUCCCCAACUUCAAGUAUCGCCUCAUCCUUUCUGCCAACAUUGCAGAUUAUGGGGACAACCAGUGGGUGACUUGCUUCCAGGAGGCUGCAGAGGCCAUCCUGGGCCAGAAUGCGGCUUACCUGGGGCAGCUCAAGGACUCGAACGAAGGCGCCUUUGAUGAGGUCUUUCAGCAAGCCAACUUCAACACGUUUGUCUUCCGCAACAGAGUGAAGCUAGAAACGUAUAACGAUGAAUCCAGGAUCAAGGCUACGGUGAUGGAUGUGAAGCCUGUUGACCAUAAGGACUACAGCAAGAGAUUGAUCAUGAACAUAAGGAAACUGGCUGCCCAGUAGGAGCCUGUGGUCUGUGUUUUGGUUUUGCUUGCGUUUGCAAGUUUUCUUUUGUUUCUGUACAGCCAACAAACAGCUCUGAAUUUUUUCUUUGUGAAAUAUUUGUGUGUUUUUUUGUUGUUAAUUUGCUUCCCUGUGAAAGACUAAUUUUCAAAGUACUAUCGAAGUACCAAUGGAGUGAAUGCUCACCUUUCCUUUGUGAAAUAAUGAUUGGUGGCCUGAUUUUGGAAACUGCCUUUUUGCUGGUACACAUAAUGGAAAAGGAUAUUUUUCUUUCUUUCUUUCUUUCUUUCUUUCUUUCUUUCUGUUAUUUAGGGGAAGCAGAGCAAAGAGUGGGUCAGUAAGCCACAUAAGAAAUUAUCACUGUGUCUGUCUUAAGUCAGCCAGUUGUUCCUGCGUAUGCUGUGGUCCUGUGGGGGGUGGUUGUGGUGGCGGCUGCUUUAGGCAGAAGACCAGCACAGUAGCGAGCGCUCUUUUCACCCUCUGACGCGCACUCAGAAUGGCUGGGCUGGACCUGCACAUCCCUGAUAAGACCGUUUACUCUUCCACUCUUUCUUGCUCCGUUUCUCUCAUACUUGCAAACAUAAGCACAUAUUGGGGAAAUGUACUGCAUUCUAUUUAAGUAGACACAGGGUGUAUUUUCAAUGCCUGUAACUGUUUGUGAGUUCUUUAGUUCAGUUUUCUUUCCAUGAUAGUUAAUUGUGAGAAUAAAGGUUUUGUAAACAAGU